AUGGCCGCCGUGCCCGAUACCAGACACACAAAGACCGACCAGGAGUUGGCAAUCAACAUCAAGAAGGCGACGAACCCCGACGAGACUGCGCCGAAGCGAAAACAUGUCCGCAGCUGCAUUGUGUACACAUGGGACCACCGCUCCUCCCAGGCUUUCUGGGCCGGGAUGAAGGUCCAGCCCAUUCUUGCCGAUGAAGUUCAGACAUUCAAGGCUUUGAUUACGGUGCACAAAGUCCUCCAGGAAGGGCACCCGAACACUUUGAGGGAGGCCAUGGCCCAGAGAGGCUGGAUCGACAGCUUGAACCGCGGAAUGGGCGGAGAAGGAGUGCGCGGAUACGGCCCCCUGAUUCGCGAAUACGUCUUUUACCUCCUGGCAAAGCUGUCUUUCCACCAGCAGCACCCGGAGUUUAACGGCACGUUUGAGUACGAGGAAUAUCUCAGUUUGAAGGCCAUCAACGACCCCAAUGAGGGCUACGAAACAAUUACCGAUUUGAUGACGCUCCAGGAUAAGAUUGAGCAGUUCCAGAAGUUGAUUUUCUCGCACUUCCGUCAUGUUGGAAACAAUGAGUGCCGCAUCUCCUCCCUGGUGCCCUUGGUGCAGGAGAGCUACGGUAUCUACAAGUUCAUUACCAGCAUGCUGCGCGCGAUGCACUCCACAACCGGUGAUGCCGAUGUGCUCCAACCUUUGCGUGAGAGAUACGACGCUCAACAUUACCGCCUCGUCAAGUUCUACUACGAGUGUUCGAACCUGCGAUACUUGACUAGCUUGAUUACGAUUCCCAAGCUACCGCAAGACCCGCCCAACUUACUGGCCGAGGACGAAGAUGCGCCACAACUGCCCGCUCGUCCGAAGCAAGAGAUUGAGCGGAGACCGACUCCACCCCCCGAGCCGAAGUCCCAGGAGCCUGACGACAUAUCUGAGUUCUGGAAGAACGAGCUGGAACGUCAAAACCGUGAAUAUGAAGAGCAACAGAGAGUCCUCGAGGAGCAGGCGCGACAGCAGCAAGCGAUGCAAAUGGCAGCACAAGAGCAGGCGCAGAGAGACUUCGAGGAGCAGCAACGUAGGUUGGCUGAACAGCAGCGUCGCGAGCAGGAGGCUUUGAUGCAGCAGCAAAUGCAAUAUCAAACCCAGGGCCGUCUUGCCGAGCUGGAGCAAGAGAAUUUCAAUGCUAGAGCUCAGUACGAGCGAGAUCAGCUUAUGCUGCAGCAGUACGACCAGAGGGUAAAGGCUCUUGAGAGCGAGCUCUCCCAGAUCCAGGGCCACUUCGGACAGCAAGUUGCGAGCAAGGAUGACCAGAUCCGAGCUCUGCAGGAGCAGGUCAACACAUGGCGUACAAAGUACGAAGCUCUCGCCAAGCUCUACUCUCAGCUUCGCCACGAGCACUUGGAUCUGCUCCAGAAGUUCAAGUCCGUCCAGCUGAAGGCCGCCUCAGCACAAGAAGCGAUUGAGCGCCGGGAGAAGCUCGAGCGCGAGAUCAAGACAAAGAACCUUGAGCUUGCCGACAUGAUUAGAGAAAGAGAUCGCGCGCUGCACGACAAGGACCGUCUCUCCGGGGCGAACAAGGACGAGGUCGAGAAGCUAAAGCGAGAGUUGCGCAUGGCCAUGGACCGCGCAGACAAUAUCGAGAGAAGCAAGGGUAACGAGCUCUCGACUAUGUUGUCUAAGUACAACCGUGAGAUGGCCGACCUCGAGGAGGCGCUGCGCCUCAAGUCCCGCGCUUUGGAAGAUGCGCAGGCCAAGCUCAGAGAUGGCAGCAGCGAUCUUGAGCAACUUCUCCGUGACAAGGAGGAGGAGCUCGAGGUUUACAAGGCGGGCAUGGACCAGACGCUCAUUGAGCUCAACGAGCUGAAACUUAACCAAGGUGACACCGACCAAGUCAUUGAUGGACAGAUUGAUGCAUUGAUCAUGGCCAACUUGGACAAGAUCAACGACAUCAUUGACUCGGUGUUGCAGUCCGGUGUGCAGAGGGUGGAUGAUGCACUUUACGAAUUGGACUCCACGAUGCAAGCUGGUAACCAGAAUGCAUCGCCGUCUUACGUGCUGUCGCAAAUCGAGAAGGCCUCCUCCAGUGCAAUGGAAUUUGCCACUGCUUUCAACAACUUCAUCGCCGAUGGUCCCAACGCCACGCAUGCAGAGUUGAUCAAGACGAUCAAUGUGUUCGCAGGAGCUAUCGCCGAUGUCUGCACUAACGCCAAAGGUAUUACCCGUCUGGCGACGGACGAGAAGAAGGGCGAUUCCCUGAUGAACGGUACUCGCCAAUCUGCGAUGUCGACCGUCAAGUUCUUCCGCGGCCUUCAAAGCUUCCGUCUGGAGGGCAUGGACCCCAUGCAGAAGACCGACGUUGUCAUCAACAGCAACAAUGAGGUUCAGAUGAACCUCCAGAAGCUCAACAAGCUCGUCGAGACCUUCGCGCCCAACACCGGCAAGCUGGCGGGCAAGGGCGACCUCGGCGACAUCGUCGAUCAGGAACUGAGCAAGGCCGCCGACGCUAUCGCGGCCGCCGCUGCACGAUUGGCCAAGCUCAAGAACAAACCUCGUGACGGCUACUCCACCUACGAACUUAAGGUGCACGACACGAUUCUCGACGCCGCCAUGGCCAUUACCAACGCCAUCGCGCAGCUGAUCAAGGCUGCCACCGCGACGCAGCAGGAGAUCGUUCAGGCCGGUCGUGGCUCAUCCUCGCGAACCGCCUUCUACAAGAAGAACAACAGGUGGACAGAGGGUCUCAUCUCCGCAGCCAAAGCCGUUGCGACGUCUACCAACACCCUCAUCGAGACUGCCGACGGUGUCCUCUCGAACCGCAACAGUCCCGAGCAGCUGAUCGUGGCGUCCAACGACGUGGCGGCAUCCACCGCCCAGCUCGUCGCCGCGAGCAGAGUUAAGGCUGGCUUCAUGUCCAAGAGCCAGGAGAACCUCGAGCAGGCCUCCAAGGCCGUCGGCGCCGCCUGCAGGGCGCUUGUGCGCCAGGUGCAGAGUAUCAUCAAGGAUCGCAACGAGGAGGAAGAGGCCGUCGACUACUCCAAGCUCGGGGCGCACGAGUUCAAGGUGCGAGAGAUGGAGCAACAGGUCGAGAUUUUGCAGCUCGAGAAUGCCUUGUCGGCCGCAAGGCACAGGCUAGGAGAGAUGCGUAAGAUUUCUUACCAGGAAGAGUAA